AUGCAUCUAGAGAUUGUUCAAGUUAGAGGAUGUAUACUGACUAUUUCAAACCACACACUUCGAGAGUUGAGGAUUCUCCUGGCAACACCAAAAAGAACCACACAACGAGCUAAAGUGAGCGGAACGGUUCAGAAAACGACACGACGUCACGGUUCUCGAAAAGGUCACGGUUCCCGCAUAUUCGCCAAUACAACACGUUCUGAUAUCUUCAUCAACACCUUAUCGGGACUUAUACCACAAAAUGCCCCAUCUCAGAUGAAAGUUGUGAGUGUUUUUGAAUUUGAAUGA